CGCGAGUGGCGCCCCAGAGGGGCGCCGACGAACGACUAGCUGGUGCACUCGACAGUUGCAUUUUGAAGGGCGUUAAAUUAAAAAGAUUUAACAAGAGAAUGUGAAGGGGUUAGAUCUGAUGAGUUUCAAAAGGGACUCAAAGUGAUAAAAAAGGAAAAAUAUUUUUGUAUGCAUUCUAAGACCAGUUUUUCUCGAAGAAUAGAAUAUAGUGACAAUGUAUGGAUGAAAAACAUCAUUAAAACAGUUAAACUCACUCCAUCGAAAACAAACUUGAAAGGAAAAGAAUUAGUUUUUCGGUUCGUAUAUUUUUUUGUGGAUUUAGAAUGUGCAUUUGCUGAAGUAGAUGAUCAGCUAAAACAGUAUAUGUCUUUUUCGGUUUUGCAUAAAUGUAUGAAAAAGAAGAAAAUAAUUGGAAAUUGUAUGUUUGUUUUCGUCUUAUGAAAAUAUUUAUCAAUUAAGUGAGUCAUUUGUAGUUACUAUGGAAUGGUUUUUGACUAUUUAUUAGUUAAAUGUACGCGAUAAGAGUGAAUAAGCUAUUGAAUUUGGUCGUGUUUGAUACUUAUAAGAAAGGUUCUUUCGUGUUUUUAAAUCUAUCAUCUGCGGAAAUAUAUAAUGGAUAGGCGUGGAUCUAACAUUGAGACCUGGCAUUAAUUUGUUAUAUGCUAUAAUUACUAUUAUGAAAAGUGAUACUUUUAUCCUGGUAUGUUUUCGGGAAUUCUGAUAUGUGCAGUGUCUAGCUACUGUUAUUCAAAGAAAAUAGUUUUGAAAAGGCAUAUGUGAAUGAUAUCGUAGCUGUUGUAUUACAUGGUCAAUAAGAGUCUGUCGUUCAAGUGCACUUAUGUAAAAGGAGGACUUAGCCGUGGCUGGUACCCCAAAGGGGCGCCAAUGAACUGUUAAUCGUUAACAUUGCAAGCAUACUACAGACUGAUCUCACUAAAGAUCUUUGUAUCGGUUAGGCAUUUUGAAGAAUAGUGCACUAAGAUUUCCUUAAUGAGAACCUCAAAGAAUAUUCUGGUUUCUCAGUUCUACAAUCAAAUUGCGGAAAUGAGAAAUAAUUCAUGAGAAAACUUUUAUUUGAAAAUUCCUAUCGAUAAUUCUAACGCUUUAGACUAACGAAGUUUUGAAAUAGUAAAUUCUGGACCAGGUGAAUUUAAAAUACAGAUGGAUAGUGUUGUGAAAAGAUGGGAGUAGACCUCGCAGCAAUUAGUCGCUCAUCGGCGCCCCUCCGGGGCGCCACUCGCGGCUAGCUGUUGCACUGGGUUAUCUCCAGAAGUGCCGCUUCGAAGUGUUGGGAUUCAUUGAAUACAAGUCAAUAGUCGAAGUCAAAUGGGUCUGAAUAAGGAAUAUCAGAUACAAAAAGUUGAAAAAACUAUGUCAAGUCAAGGAUGAGAACCGGUUUUUAUGUUUCGACAAAAUAACUGAAUAGUUCGUCAGAAUAAAAGUAUUACUGAAAGAAUUUAUAUUCGCUGCAUCGGUAGUGAACAUGAAUGAAAUAAAAGAAUGUUUCUUUUGGAAUUUGGUUUUUGUUUGUAUUAAUUCAAGUAUCUGAAUGUACAUUGAUAUAUUCAAAUUACCUGUCUAGUCUUAUCACUACUUUGAAUAAGAGCUUAUUGUAUAUAUCAGAUUUCGAUUAGAGAUCAGAUAUAAUAUGUUUUAUUUUCGGCUAGGGGUUCCACAGAACUUCUAUUUUCCUAGAGAACUCUAUAGUCAACAGCAUUAUCGAGGAAUGUUCUAGAAUGUGUACAAAUUUCUAGUAGAAUUUUCAAAAAGUACUCUGCGUUUUCGUAUUAUUUUUGUGAACUUCUAUUGCUAUAUCGUCUGUGAAAAAUUGAAUAUGAUAUCAUGUUCAGUCGAGGGCUAAGCGAGUCGAAGCGACGAGCGUUACUUGUUUUUUACAGUGUGGAAAGGCGCUAAGUGAGUCUAAAUUUCCACUAUACACACUUCAAUCCGGAUCAAUCAUUACAGCUCCGUGAAUUUUUGGCGUGAAUCUACAGAAAAAAUGCCAUUUGCUGUCGAAAAACUCGAGAAAUGGUAGAAACUUGAAAGCAGAGAUUGAUUGAUAAAAUUCUGUCGCCAGAUUUUCUACGUCCGAUCGCAAACGGCUGUAACUUGGUAAAUUUGCCAACUGUAUAUGACCAUUGUAUUCCUGAUUUCAAGCUCCUACCAGUUUCCUGAGUUCUCCAGCACGACACGAUUCGCAUUGCUCACCUAGAAAACACCGAUUCAGCAUCGUAUUUCAUAAAAGUAGCAGCAUAUUUUGGUGAUCAUGCUAUUUCUGAAAUUUUUAUUUUUAUACUCGACGCAUAGGAGGAGAAAAGAUAUCAAUGAAACUGAACAAAACUAAUAAGACGAGCGAACAAGAUCCCCAAAUUCGAUUUCUACAUGUAUGCCUUUUAUGAACAAUCCCUAAGGAUCUAGUAAACAUUUACAUCUUACGUAUAUAAUACUUCUCAUGGAAAAAAAUGGGAUAGAAUAUAAGCUUUGGCAAGAUACAAUUUUGCAAAAAUUACGGUUCAAUUUUGAAUGCUUUCAAUAAUAGCAAUGCUAGAAAAGCAAUCAACAUAUUGAAAUCGAUAAUUAUUGUGCGUUUGCAUAAGUAAUCAAGAGUUCAUCAUAUUUACAUUAAAAAAAAAUGCGAUCGCACAUGAGUAAUGUCUUUAACAUGACUUUAUUAAUGUAUACAUCGCGUUAUGCUUCUUCAGUGUCAUUGAUAAAUGAGACUUUCAGCACUAUAUAGUUCAUUCUUCAUAACAAUUCAAUAAUCUGUUAGCUAUUCAUUUUUCACACAUGAAGAGCACAUAAAAUUGCUUGCUUAUUGAUAUCAAAAGUGGUUCUACGUGUAAAGAUAAUUUGUCGAAAACAUUUUUCUAUAAAAGCUCUUCAUUAAGGUGGAUUUUUACAUAGAACUUUACGCUAGUUUAUACAUUUCAUUAAGUACUGUCAUGUUCUAAAGUAGAGUUGUAACCGUUCAUGGUAAACGACUAAUGUGGUCCAGUGUGCUCUGAUAUAGUCAACUUCUCCUUUAUCAGUCCAUGUGAAUUUUUUGGGUUGUACAUGCGUUUCCCAAAUAUCAAAUAUAAUAGUGGUUUUUCGGAGAUUAAAAGCUUUUCUACUAAUGCCAAAGACUUUUGGUGAGAAAAUAUGCAUUUGAAAAUUCUAUUAUACCAAAAUUCGCCAUAGAAUCUUUAUUAUAUUUUCUCAACUCACUUGGAUAUGACGUUAUGUUAGUAAAAAAAUCAAACAGUUAUUUAACAUUGUAAUUUUUCAUAGAUUUCUUUUGUAUUUUCUAUUAUCUAUAGCAUAUAUUUGUGACAGACAUAAAAGGUAACAAAGAGACUACAUCAUGGGAGAUAGACGGAGUAUACAGUUAAUAAAUAGAGUCGAUAUCUGAAGACUAGAUAAUCGAAGCGCAAAAACGUUAUAGAAUUGGUAAUCAUUUAAGUUUUCUGCUUACAAAUAUAUAUUCGAGAGUUUCAAACAUAUCAUUGGACCAACCUAUCUUGGAUAGGCAGGGGCCUUGAAUUUCGAGCUUCCUCAGAUCAGGCUGAGAUCUCGCAAAAGCCAGACAGAUCGCUUAAACUAGACAGAUCACCUGUCAAUCAUAAUUAUUGCUGAGUUUUCUACAACAAAAGCUUCACUUUUUGGAAAAUGUAGGUAUGAAAAUAUAAAAUCUAGAAUAUUUCCUCUAGAAGAUGAUAAAUGGUUUCUUAUCAUUGUGACUCAACACAAUCAUAACUAUUAAUACACUGAGACUACAUUGUUCGUCAUCUAUUUAUAUAUAUAGUCAAUUUAUCCAUUUCGAAAAGUUAUUGUUCGUGAUUUUUAAUUGAUUACUGUUAAAAUUUUACAUACAGCCUUUCUGAAGACUUACGUUUCUCAUUCAUAUUUACUGUCGUACUAUGGUUAGACUAAUAUGUUCUCUUCAACUGCUUUAUCCAAUUCAUUCUACAAAAUUUUACUCAAAAACAAAGUUUUCUCUCAGUGUUAAUACUUUCUUUCCCGUCUUUACUUAACAGUUACAUACUGCGUUAAGUCCAUAAAUCUGUCAUUUAGUCGUAUUACUUCGAUACCUGUAUCUUUCUCUCCUCCUUAUAAUGAGUAUUUUCUGGUUUUACUCAAGUAUUAUCCUAAUAUUAGAAUGUAGAAACAAAACGUAUGCCUUGAAAGGCAGCAUACAAGGUGAACAAAAUGAAAACUACCCAAGUCAAAUUGAUGAAAGCAAAUGGCACAUGUAGGCCGACUGAAGAGGUCCAUAGUUUGUCACGACAAACGUAGGCCUAUCAAAAGUACAUCAAUUUACGCCUAUAGUACAUGCGAAGGAAAGAAAGUCGUAAGAAGAUAACAACUAACCAGCACUACACUCAUGGAACAGUGCUUUAUCAUACUACUGCAGCUAUUAGGAAAAAUAUAUGACUAAUACUUGGGAUUAACUUGACUGUUAAAAAACCAGAAUCAAUAAAAACGCACGUAUCCGUACAUCCAUCGGUUCGGUUACGUCUGAUCCGUUGUACUAACCUCGAUACUAGUAACAAAAUCACUGUAGCGAUUUCAACACUACUUUAAAUGAUACAAGACAGUCAUAUAUAUGUAAAAUACCUUAAGAUGAAGUACUACUCGGUUUGGAUUCCUCCACUCCGAACGACUUUGGUGAAACUUUACAUAAAUUUACUAUUUUCCUCAAAACCCCUUUUAUUUUCACAAAAAUCCAAAAUCAGAAUCAUUGAAAUCUAACUUCAGAUUCGGAUUCUCCGACCUCGACCUCUUUCGUCAAUCUUUAAAAAAAUCAUCCAUUUCUCAAAAAAUCCUUUCCUUGACCCAAAAAAUAGAAUUUCAAAAUUUUUCAAAUCUGACUUCACAUUCGAAUUCUCUGACCUCGAUUUCAUUUCGCCAACCUUUAUAAAAAUCAUAAUUUCUCAAAAAACCCUUUCCAUGACCAGAAAAAUUGAUUUCAAUAUUUUUCAAAUCUGACUUCAGCUUCGGAUACUCCGACCUCGAUCUCCUUGGGCCAACCUUUAUAAAAAAUCAUUCAUUUCUCAAGAAUCCCGUUCGUUGACACACAAAAUCAAUUUCAACAUUUUUCAAAUCUGAUUUCCGAUUCGGAUUCUUCGACCUGGAUUUUCUUUCACCAACCUUUAUAAAAAAUCAUUCAUUCUCAAAAACCCUUUCCUUGACCCAAAAAAUUAAUUUCAACAUUUUUCAAAUCUGACUUCAGAUUCCUAUUGUCUGACCUCGAUUUCUUUUCGCCAACCUUUAUAAAAAAAUGAUUAUUUUCUGAAAAAUCUUUUUCAUUAAGCAAAUAGGAAGAACUGCAUUUUCCGUUACCCCCGUUCGCGAGUAACGGUAACUUUCCAUCCCUAUUUAAAAUUGAUAGUUUUCGUUCACUUUUAUAAGUAUCAAUAAAUUUUGAUUAAAUAUCACUCUUAUUGAUCUGAUCAUAGUUUCUAUAAUGUUUUGCAGGUUUUUUUUUCGUCAAUAGAACAAAAGAAAUAAAAAUAAAAUUUCUUUUUCGCGUGAAAUUAUUUGCGUUCAUGCAAGUGAUAAUACUGCUGUAUGGGAAGUUUUCUGUACGUUGAUUAAAAAUUGUUUUUUGAAAAAGUUAAAUUUUCACUGGAGUAUUUAUUGUUUCAUUUAGUUUUUUUUCUCAAAACAUCAAUGAAACUAUGAAACAGGUUGUUAUUAAAUAAUUCGUCUAUUACCAAAAAUAACCUUGGAAAUAGAAUUUUCUAUUGAUGAUGGAAUGUUUUAAUGCAGUACAAAAUUAAAACAGAAACGAUGCGAUAGAUUUCGUUCUCUUUUUCUUUUGAAAGUCUUGUAUUUGAACAAAAAAAGCAACACAGAAGUUUUAAUUAUUGUAAAAGUAGAGCAAUUACAUGAUUCUACGCUAGCAUUACUUACAAUAAAACUAGAGAAGUAAUCAAAUGAUUCUCAGACAAAAAGAAAAAUCCCGUAUUUAGCUGUAAAUUUCAAUGAGUAUGCUUUAAAAAAUUAGAUAUUUCUUCUGAUCGUACCAGUUAAAUUACAAGUAUCUCAUGAAUUUCUUAGCAAAAUGAAGAAUUCAUUUUCAAUGAAAUUACUUUUUAUUUCUACUCCAUACUUUUGUUUCAUUUUAGUACCACCACUACGUGCAAGUUCUACUGAUAUUCGUCCCAAUGCAAAAUGGGCAUAGAAUGGUAUCACUGUUGCUGGAGGAAAUCGAUUGGGCAGGGGAACCAAUCAACUAUCGUACCCAUGGGGUUUGUACGUCGAUGAUGAUCUCACUAUAUAUGUCGCUGAUUGCUGGAAUCACCGUAUUGUGGAAUGGAAAUCUGGUGCAACGAAUGGCACAGUAGUUGCUGGUGGAAAUGGACAAGGAAAUGGAGCUCAUCAGUUAAACCGUCCACGAGCUGUGAUUAUCCACAAAGAGAGCAAUAGUCUCAUCAUCAGUGAUUACGAGAAUAAGAGAGUAGUUCGAUGGUCUCGUCGAAAUGGUACUAGUGGAGAAACAAUUAUUUCAAAUAUCGCUUGCUUCGGUUUGACAAUGGACGACAAUGGUUAUCUCCAUGUCGUUGGCAUUGAUAAAAAUGAAGUGAGACGAUACAGAAUUGAUAAAACUAAAGGAACAGUGAUUGCAGAUCGCACAGGAAAAGGAAAUCGUUUCUAUCAACUCUCUAAUCCCCGCUACGUAUUUGUCGAUCGAGAUCAUUCAGUUUACGUGUCUGAUUAUGGAAAUGAUCGUGUCAUGAAAUGGGAAAAAGGUACAAAACAAGGUAUCGUCGUAGCCGGUGGUCAAAGAAAAGGAAAUAGUCUUACACAAUUAAAUGAACCUGAAGGAGUCGUUGUUGAUGAAUUGGGUACUGUCUAUGUGGCUGAUUUUGGAAAUCAUCGAAUCAUGCGUUGGCCAAAAGGAGCCACACAAGGAAGUGUAAUUAUUGGUGGAAAUGGUUGGGGAGCACAGUCGAACCAACUCGAUUGUCCCAUAGGUUUAUCGUUCGAUCGACAUGGCAAUCUCUAUGUCGCCGAAUACCAAAAUCAUCGAGUACAAAAAUUUACUAUUGUAUAA